UUGCCAAAAUGGUCGCUACUUCGUUCAAGCUCAACAACGGUCUGGAGAUUCCAGCUGUUGGUCUCGGAACAUGGCAGUCCAAACCCGGCGAGGUCCAGGCGGCCGUUUCCUACGCGCUUCAGAACGGCUACAAGCUCAUCGACGGAGCUUACUGCUACGGCAACGAGGACGAGGUCGGCGAGGGCCUCAAGGAGGCUUUCGCUGCGGGGGUGAAGCGCGAGGACAUCUUUGUCGUGACCAAGGUCUGGGCGACGUACAACACGCGGGUUGAGCUGGGCCUGGACAAGAGCUUGAAGAGCCUGGGGCUGGACUAUGUCGAUCUGCUGCUGGUGCACUGGCCAGUUCUGCUGAACCCUGAAGGCAACCACGACAAGUUCCCUACCCUGCCUGACGGCAAGCGAGACGUCAUCUGGGACUACAACCACGUCGACGGUUGGAAGCAGAUGGAGGCUGUCCUCAAGACGGGCAAGACCAAGUCCAUUGGCGUCAGCAACUACAGCAAGAAGUAUCUCGAGCAGCUCCUCCCGCAUGCCACCGUCGUCCCCGCCGUCAACCAGAUUGAGAACCACCCCAGCCUCCCCCAGCAGGAAAUUGUCGACUUCUGCAAGGAAAAGGGCAUCCACAUCAUGGCCUACAGCCCCCUGGGCAGCACGGGCAGCCCUCUGAUCAGCGCCGAUCCGGUGGUCCAGAUUGCCGAGAAGAAGAAGAUUUCUCCCACCACCGUCCUGCUGAGCUAUCACGGUACGCUCAACCGUGGCAGCACCGUGCUGGCAAAGUCGGUCACGCCCGCUCGCAUCAAGGCCAACCUGGAGAUUGUCGACCUCGACGACGAGGACAUGAAGCUGCUGAACGACUACUCCAACGACCUGGCGAGCAAGGGCGAGCUGAAGCGCUACGUCUACCCUCCGUUCGGCAUCGACUUUGGCUUCCCUGAUAAAUCAUAAGACUUGCAUUGGUUAGAGA